AUUUCCUCGUUUCGGCAAGUUCCGUUAUUGCUUUAAAUAAACUGGUCACUUAUACGGAUGAAAAAAACGGUGAAAAGGUUGAACUUCCCGAAGUAGUAUCAUAAUCUGUGACAGUGACUGUUCGGAAGUGGGUCGCUUUUCGAACUAACUGUUCGACGGCUUUGAAUUUUCCACAGAAGACCUCAGACCGCUGAGUCGUGCUCGGCCUUACUGUUCUCAGCUUAAAUGAAACCUCGCAAAAGACUCGAUAGCUUUAGUAACCACUUUCAUUGACUAGACCUCGAUGUCGAAACCGAGGCCUGUAAGAAGGCGAAGCGAAAGUCUUUCUGAGUUAGCGCAGGAUUUACAGCUACUAUGUGUCAAAGAGGAGGUUACCGACAUGGAGAGGGCAAAAGAACUUCGCGAAAAGAGAAUCGCCGAGUUAAGGAAAACAAACGGACCUUUAGGAACGGGAUAUCAGCGAAUCUUAGGCGAUAUAGAGCAAACACUCGAUCGCCGUCAAGUCCUGGAAAAGUACUAUUUGAAAGUUAAAGAAAAUCUACAGGAAACUCAAGCAGUUAGCGAGACUGAGAUAAAUGACUUUCGGAGGGAAGCUGAGGUUCGUCUUGAGGAUCUCGGAACCAAGAGAUACCCUGUUCUUAUUCUUGGAGAAACCAGCGCUGGAAAAAGCAGUCUUAUUAACCUCUUACUUAACGACUCCAUAAUGCCAAUCAGUAUAAAGCAGAGUACAUUGACCAUAUGCGAAAUAUCGUAUGGAGCGAUCAAAGAAGCUGUCCUGCACUUCGCUAAUAGACGUGGGUUAUCUCUUGUCCUUACCGGGCAGAGAUUUGACAAGUAUAAAGAUUACAUUAAAAAACCAAUAGAGGAUGAAAACUGGUGUGAGAAGAUAGAGAUCAGGAUUCCAAAUUUACUAUUGAAGGGUGGUGUAGUGAUCAUAGACAGCCCCGGAAUUGGCGAUUCAAAGAGCGUCAGUGAGAUCACCUUGAAAUACUUAAGUCGAGCCUACGCCUUUAUCUACGUGAUAAACACUCCAAACGCUGGAGGAUUACAAAAGGACAGGCUGAUGCUUAUCUUGAGUGAAUGGAUAAAACUCUACAAGGGAAAAGAUGGCUGUGGCAUCCCUUCCGAGUCUGCUAUUUUUGUCUGUAACAAGUGGGACGAGGUGGAAGAGCAGUCUAACCGAAAUCAGGAGGAAAAUCCUGAAAGGCACAUCAUCGACUCUCUCAAAAAGAACAUUCCUGGACUGGAUGGAAAAUUCCAAAUUAUUAAGAUGUCAGUCUCGAGAGCCACAUCUGUACAAAAGAAAUUCAACGUAAUGAGUGAUGAUCUCAACAGUCUUGUGAAUCGACUACAGCGUCUUCUGCCACUUUGCAUUGAGAGAAAAACAGAAUUUUUCUACUUCUGGAUUAGCGGCCAGCUCUGCAGCUUGUCCGAUCAGCUGAAAGGCGAAAUGUAUAACGCCAAAAGGAACAAAGAAGAACGUCUCAAGGCUCGGGAGGAACUUGACGAGAAACUCAGCAAGCUUAAAGAAGGCAACCCCAUCCGAGAAAUCGAGGGCGCCAUAAUUUUGUAUGUGAAACAAGUGGAACAAGAACUUGCUUCCUACCUACAAACUGAUGAAUUUAAAAGAAACUUUUGCAGGUGGACAGAAAACCCUCUGCCUAAAACGGAAGAGGGUCAAAACUUUUCAAAGAUGAAGGAGGCAUUUAGCAGAUGCAUUGAACAACGAUUCGAGACUCUCCUCCAAAACUGGGAAAGAAGAACGAAUUUUUUCACGCAAGCACGCGCAGAACUGGAAGCACUAUUUAACAAAGGUUUCCUAGAGUUUGAGAGAGAAAUUCGAGACAUCGACCGUGUUCUUACUGGGAGUGACGUGGAAGAUUGCCAACCUUUUGAGAUUCACCCAGGCCGGAUUUUCUCACCCUUAGAUCCAGGAAGGAGAAAAUUUCUAGUGAUGACUGGUUUGAUUUUAUGGACAGUUUUGGUACCUGUAGGCCUCACUGCCGGAUUUCUUACUGCACCCGUCCUUGGGGUACUGGCAUUUGGAAAGCAUUUAAAGGAACUUCAACUGAAGAACAAUUGUUGUCAAACACUAACAGACCUCUCGAAGAAGUUCCUUGACGACUUCAUCAGAAAUAAAAUCCCCAGUUAUGUUCAAGACAGAUUCAGCGAGGAGACGAAUCGCAUUGCAAAAAUCAAGAGGUGUCACCAACAGUUAAUCACCAAAUACGAGCAGCGAUGCAAAGAUCUGACAAAGAGCGAAGACGAAUCAAGGGAAAAAGAGAUCCUAGAAAAAUAUAGUCCAUUGCACUCAAACUUGAAGAACAUGAAUGAAAACUUGAUAUUCGAUGCGAUCCAAAAUGGAAUACAGGUGAUGUACCCAUCUUGCCAGCUUGAUUUGAGACGACUUAAUUACAAUGAGAAAGAAAGAGAGGCUCACCUUGGUAAAGGCACUUAUGGGACGGUUUUCAAAGGAAGAUACUCUCCUCCUGGACAUGAAAAAACAGAUGUUGCAGUCAAAAAGAUCCGGGAGCAUCCUGAUAAAUCAAAUGUUGCUACCUUUCUAAAAGAAGCAGCGAUGCUAAAGCAACUUGAACACAAGCACAUCGUUACAUUUUAUGGAGUGGGCAUAGACGUUCAAAACCGAGAACUCGUUUCACUGGUUCUAGUGUUUGACUUGUGUAUCAGGAGCCUAAACCAGCAAAUCUUUGAAAAUGAUGAGUACAUUCCAUGGAAGACGGCCAGUGCAGCAGCUUGGAUCAUGCCCCGGGCAAAACAAAUCUUAGAUGCGCUUGAAUUCAUCCAUAGCAAGAAUGUUGUCCAUCGGGAUCUCAAGCUAGCCAACAUUCUAAUCUCAAAAGAUGAUUACAUCAAAGUUGCAGACUUGGGCCUAGCAACCUUUGAAGACAAAAUCAUUGGCACAAUGUGUGGGACUCAACCGUAUAUGGCACCGGAAGUAAUGGAAGGCAAACUUUACAGCACAAAGGUGGAUAUAUACAGUUUUGGUCUCAUGAUGUGGGAAAUGUGGUUUGGGAAACGCGUCUUUACCGAACUACGCCGUGAAGAAUUCUUUACUACACGAAUUAAAGACGAGGAUUAUCGUCCACAAAUUCCCGAGAAUGGUAAUCUCCCUCCAGCAAAAUGGAUAGAGCUCAUGACAUCGAGUUGGCAAUCCGACUCAAGUUUGAGGCCAACAGCCACCAAAUGUAAAGACAUUAUUAAGACAAUUUCUGUCGAUGCUUAAAAGCAUCGACAUGUUAAGUAGGUUACAGGAUGAUUUAUCUCCUUUUGCGUUCAUAAUAAUUUUCAGUUUAUUUUCAAACAACUGACAUCCAUGCUCAGAUGAGUUGAUCCUUAGGGACCAACAGAAAUAUAUGCCGGUGAGACCAAAAUAUAACAGGAAUUUCGGCUUGACUCAAAAAAAAGGUACCAGUAGCUUUGUGGGUGAGAGCCUGGCUCAUUUGCCCUCUGCGUAAAUAUUUUCGUGAGCCUAAGGCGCCUUUCAUUUCUAGCCGCACGAUUAUUCGGCCCUAGGACUCCAAGUAUGAGGCAUGUUUCAAUCGUUCAACGGUCGCAACAAUUUCAUGAGCUCUGGAGUUUAAUUUGAAAAUACUUUUAUUUCUAUUUUAUCAGUUCCACUAUGAAUUCAAACAAUCUAGAAUGCUCAGUUUUUACAAAAAAUGUUACAAAGUAGAUUAACAGUGGAGGACAUCUCAGUUCUACUAUGAAUUCAAACAAUCUAAAAUGCUCAAUUGUCACAAAAAUAAAUUACCAAGUCUUUAACAGUGGAGGACACCUGAGUUCUACUUUGAAGUUAAACAGUCUCGAAUCCUCAAUUGUUACAAAAAAAGUGAUAAAGCAGAUUAACAAUGGAGGACAUCUGAGUUUAACUAUGAAGUUAAACACAGAUUUUUUUUUCUCUUUGAACCUAUAUAUAAUAUCAGUUAAUGAUCAAUGAUUGUAAUUGUUGCCUCAAAUUUUUUUCAAAGAAGUUUGAUUUCUUAUCUUAUCUUACAUUUUAUUACCAAGCAAUAGAGUGAAAUUAAGUAUUAUAUCAAAUUUACAGAAGUUUGUACAAUUUACUCGAAAAACUGUUUAAGUACGAACAACCACUACACUAUUUAUGAGUGUUUCACUGAAAUACUGUUUGAGCUAUUGAAGAGAUUUAAAAAUCAAGUUGGUUUGAGAAAUUUUGAACCCUCAAAAAAUCGAACCAAAGGUGACAAAUGUUUUUGUUCCGUAAAAGGCUUUGAAAUACAUGUCUAAGGCACUCACAAAAAUACUGUUUGAAAAUAGCUGGGCAUGGUCAGUGCUUUCUGUAAAUGCACUAUAGCCACAGCUAUUAGACUGUAAUCAAACAGAGAGGUUUUAAAAGAUCAAUCAGUGUUGAAUAUUUAUACACUAAAGUAAUGUACCUCUCAAAGAAGUGCUUUGGUCACUAUCAGAACUCCCACCCCCCCUCGAAUCUUCUUCAUCAGACUUACAUGUAUCACUGCGACACCCUAAAAGGAAAAAAAAUUUGAAACUAAAUCAGCUUUGAACAGUGAAAAUUUGAUCAGGAUUCACAGGUGAGCUACUUUUGACUGCAUAUAUACUGUACAAUGAAUAUGUGAAUGAUCAUCACAGUUAUGAACACUGAUUAAGCAGUAGUGAAAAUAAAA